UCAUAAGUCGUCAUAUCCGAGUAUGGUUCAAAAUGGCAUCCUUCACAUGGGCAACGCGAAGAGCGCUCUUCGGUGGUUUUCAACGCUCUGUGCGACUGCCUGUACCUUCCAGGAGUAAAUAUAUUGUCUUGCUUCCAGAAGUUCCUGAAGAUACAGCAGAAAGCAAUCCACUACUGAAGUAUACAGCAUUGCCUGAAUAUAAUAGCCUAACUGGGGAAAAGUGCUUUCGUGCCAUCGGAAAGCUUAUCAUCGAAUUUGAAUAUGGUCUUUGUAAACUUGAAGAUGACAUACGUGAUGGCAGCUAUGUCAAAACAUUUGAAUCUGUUAUGGAUCCACUGGAAAGGUUGGUUGCUCCAUUGGAUUUUGCUUGGAGUGCACUUCGAAACUUGUAUCUCAUCAACAAAAGUAGAGACAUUGAGGAAGCAUACAACAAAUUACACCUCAGAGUCCAACGUGCCCGUGCAAAGAAGUUUCAAAGUCUUCCCAUCUACCAUGCUGUAAAAGAAUUGCUAGUUGACAAGAAUUUGUACAACGAGAUGCAGCAUCAAGUGAUCCAGAAACAUUGCUUAGAGUCACGUCUGAUGGGAAUUGAUCUGUCAGUGUCAGACUCGAAGUAUCUUGGCACAGUUUUACAAAAGAUCGCCAGUGAGUCAGCAAAAUUUAGGGAGAAGCUGAGCAAGUCUUCUGCGCAAUUCAAGCACAGUGUGGAUGGUGACAUCGUGAAACACCUGCCAGACAGCCUCAUCAAGAAGCUAGCUGUUGACAAGUUGAAUCCUACACGAGGGCCCUGGAGAGUAACUCUUGAACAAGACAUCUACGAUGGCUUCAUGCAGUACUGUGGGGACCGGCUACAUCGUUGGAAUGUUUGGAAUGCUUAUAACACCAGGGCUUCCUUUGUCAAUCAGCAACUUAACAAUAGUCUCCAAAUAGAAGAGAUACGAUCCCUGAGGAAGACCCAAGCUGAUAUCCUGGGGUACAAGAACUUUGCUGAACUGGCUAUGGAGACAAAGAUGGCUGGCACUGUUGGGAAUGUGCAGGACACAAUCAAAGUCCUCUCUCAGAGUACAAAGUCAGCUGCUGAACAAGAAGUGCAAGCACUUCAGGAAUUCUGUGAGGAACGUGGCUUCAAGGAUAAGCUAGAACUGUGGGACAUGCCAUACUGGAGGCGUAAACAGCGCCAGGCAUUGUACAGAUAUGAUGAUGGUGAGGUACGACAGUACUUUCCUUUCCCAAAAGUUCUCAGUGGCCUUUUCAAGGUUUUGGAGAACUUGUUUGGCAUCAUCAUACAAGAUUCAAAGUCAAAUGCUGCUGCCUGGCAUCCUGAUGUCAAGGCCUAUGACAUACUUGACUCUGAAGGGAAACUUGCAGGUUCAUUCAUACUCGACCCAUACAUUAGGCCAAACAAACACUAUGGAGCUUGGGUAGAACCUGCUCGAAACAGAAGCAAAGUGUUGGGAACAAUUCCCAUGGCAUAUGCAGUAUUCAACUUCCCUGCCCCUCUACUUGGAAAUCCUUCCCUGCUUUCAUACCAAGACGUCUGUAACCUCGUUGGAAAGUUUGGCCAUGUGCUUCAGCAUUGUUUAACCAGAACAGAGUGCAGCGAAGUGUCAGGCCUAGUCAAUGUGGAAUGGGACCUCGUGGAAAUGUGCCCAAAUCUCUUCCAACUCCUCCUAUCAAGCCACAGCAUUGUCACGCAGCUCAGUGGGCAUACAGAAAGUGAUGAACCCAUUUCUGUCGAACUACAUUCAGCAUUACAAAAGUCAAGAAAUCACAUGGUAGCACUUGACUUAUGCUUUGAACUGUACUAUUCUGCACUGGAUCUAGAGUUGUACACACGAAAGGACUACUGGGGUGACCUCGUCAAGCAUCUUUGGCCACAGUUGAUUCCAAGAUUUGACCUCGACAAGCGAGAUUGUCAUCUAUGCUCCUUCACGCCAAUCAUAACUGAUGUGUAUCCUGCAGCCUUUUUCUCUUUCUUCUGGUCCAAGAUGAUUGCGGCAGACGUCUUCACUGCAUUUCAAGAUGCUAGACUUCAGGAAGGCGGAGACAUAUCACACGUUGGGAAAAGGUUCAAAGAGACGUUCCUUGAAUCAGGAGGCGGCUGCAAAGGAAGUGAAGUAUUCCGGAGAUUCAUGGGCCGGGAUCCAUCUCCUGAAGCCCUUGUCUCCGUCUAUGCACUUUCUAAUAAGAAAGAGCACUGAUUCUAGUUCUUCCACUGUUAUUAUUUGCCCAUGGCAUCCUAGUCUCAACUGAAUUUCAUGCAGUUGGGUUGUACAAGGUCAAUAAAUUAUGAAUAGCC